AUGCACUCCGCCAUCCGCGGCGCGGCCUCAGGCGUGGGCGCCCGUCGCGCCUCGACGAGCCGCAACGUCGCAGCGCGCGCGUCGGGCACCGGGAAGACAGUCAUCAUCACAGGCGCCAACACAGGCAUCGGGUACGAGUCCGCGAAGGCCCUGGUGUCGAAGGACUACGACAUCGUCAUGGCGUGCCGCGACCCCACGCGCAUGGAGAGCGCCAAGGCCCGACUGGGGAACGAGGUGCCGUCCGCGGCGGGCAAGAUCUCGACGGAGCUGCUCGACCUCGCGUCGCUCGAGUCCGUCCGCGACUUCACCAAGCGCUACCUCGACUCGGGCCGCCAGAUCGACGUGCUGCUGAACAACGCGGGCGUCAUGGCGCCGCCGCUGAUGCGGACCAAGGACGGGUUCGAGCUGCAGAUCGGCGUCAACCACCUCGGGCACUUCCUCCUCACGACCGGCCUGAGCCCGCUCCUGAUGGACCCCGCGCGGCCCUCGCGCGUGGUCACCGUCAGCAGCACCGCACACCUGUUCGGCCGCAUCAACUUCGACGACCUCAACUCGGAGAUCAAGUACCAGGAGUGGGUCGCGUACGGCCAGUCCAAGCUCGCGAACAUCUACUUCACGUACGAGCUCGCGCGGCGCCUCCCGAACAGCUCGGCGUGCACGGCGAACACCCUGCACCCCGGGGUGAUCAAUACGGAGCUGGCGCGGUACCUUCUGCCCGAGGACCCCGCGUGGUGGCAGCGGCCGCUGAUGGAGGUCAUGAAGAAGUUCACGCUGACGCCGGAGCAGGGCGCGCAGACGUCGAUCUACCUGUGCAGCUCCCCGGCCGUGGAGGGGGUGUCGGGGAAGUACUACGACAAGUGCGAGCCCGUGAGCUCGAGCCCGAUCAGCUACGACGUCGACGUGGCGAAGCGGCUCUGGGACGUGUCGAUGGAGCUCACGGCCGCGCCGGAGCUCGCCAAGGGCGUGUGA